AUGUUCUUCAACCUCUGCCUCUUUCUCUUCACGGCGCAAGUCGCCCUGGUGGCUGCCUUGGGCAAACUCACUGUAGCAAACCGCUGCAGCCGAGACAUGUACGUGUGGAGUGUGGACGGUCAGGGCAGUAGCAGAGCCAUCAAAAUCAACGCUCGCAGCAGGUACACCGAGCCGAUAAGGACGUCCUGCAACGGCUGCGGCGUCACCCUCAAAGUCAGCCGGACACUUCAACUCAUCGGUGGGCACCACUCGCAGUUUGAAUACGCGAUCUCAAACAACGUCAUGUACUACGACAUCUCUUUCGUUGACUGCGCGAAGGGCCAGGACGCAAGCAACUGCCCGGGGCAUGUUGCUGGGCUGGAAAUCUACUCGCCGAAUGAGAGGAAGUGCGAUAGAGUUACUUGUUCGGGGAACUCGUAUUGUCCGACCAAGGCGUACUAUGUUGAUCAGCCGAACCAGAAACUGGGCAUUCCGGAGCCGGUGUAUGGCUGUGGGGAUGCGGGGACGGGGGCUGAUUUGGUGUUUGUGCUGUGCCAGAAUCAGCGAAGUGUAUAA